AUGGGUCCUAGACCGAUCAAAAUUGGUUAUGCUUCCGAAAACUCGUCUCGCAACCGCGAGGAAUCUAGCUCUUCUAAAUCUUCUUCGCAGGGCAUUGCUAAUCUGAUUCAACCAUUUCCUAGUGCCCCUCGAUCUCCUAGCACCACCUCUGACAAUCCACAGUCCCCUCGCGCAAAACCAGGCCUCCCCAACGUACCUCCCGCACGAUACAGCAUGGCUCUCAAUCAAGCAAAGGUCAAAUCCGUCUUGAGCGGCGACAGUCUUGUGUUGGCUGCCAUUGACAAUCCCGAUCGCGAGCGAACUCUUUCUCUGGCAUACUGCACGUCACCGCAUAUGAAAAAAGAUGGAGACGAACCAUUCGCAUUUGAAGCACGCGACGCACUGCGCAAGCUGGUAGUAGGAAAGAAGGUCCAAUUCAAGAUCCUCUACUCGAUUCCAAACACAAAACGCGAAUAUGGAGUAGCAUUUUUGGAAGAUGGCACUCGACUACCAGAGUACAUGGUUGAGGCAGGUUGGAGCAAGCUACGAGAUGAUGCUGGCAGGAAGGAGGAUUCGGAAGACGCUCUCCAACAGCUGGAAAAAUUACGCCUCCUCGAAGCCAAAGCUCGCGCUGAAGACAAGGGAAUAUGGCAAUCUUCUGGGGGUCACAUUAACGUUCGACAUGAUAUGGGUGAUCCUGACAGUUUUCUGCAAGAAUGGGAGGGCAAAUCAGUUAAUGGCUUGGUAGAGCGCGUUCUCAGUGGGGACCGCAUGCUUGUGCGGUUGAUUGUCAGUCCCACUGAGCACAUUCAAGUUAUGACCCUAGUCGCAGGAAUUCGUGCUCCAACCACCGAGCGGAUACUUUCAAACGGACAGACACAACCGGCAGAAGAAUAUGGAAACGAGGCUCGCCGGUUCGUUGAAGAUCGAUUAUUACAGAGAAGUGUUACAGUUGAUAUCCUCGGCCUCAGUCCCCAGAAACAGCUUGUUGCGUCUGUUCGUCAUCCUCGAGGUUCAAUUGCGAAAUUCCUUUUGGAAGCUGGCCUAGCAAGAUGUACAGAUCACCACUCCACGUUAUUAGGAAAGGAAAUGCCUGUUCUUCGCGAAGCAGAAAAGGUUGCAAAAUCAUCCAAGAGAGGCCUCUUUAAGGACCAUGUCGCAAAAGCAUCAGCAGGAGGUAGCCUCGAAGCACAGGUCACUAGAGUCUUCGGUCCGGAUGUCAUCUACGUUCGCAAUAAAGCAGGCGUUGAGAAGCGCAUCAACUUCAGCAGUAUUCGUGGUCCUCGUCAAAAUGAAGCCGCCGAAGCACCUUUCCGAGACGAAGCAAAAGAGUUCUUGAGGAAGAAGGUGAUUGGAAAACAGGUCCGAAUCAGCAUCGACGGAUCUCGACCAGCUACUGGAGAAUACGAGGCAAAAGAUGUCGCCACUGUUACCGUAAAUGACAAGAAUAUUAACCUACUGAUGGUUCAAGAGGGUUGGUGUUCAGUCAUCUUCCACAGACGAGACGAUACAGAUCGCGCACCCAAUUACGAUGAACUUCUCGCUGCUCAGGAAACUGCAAAGAGCGAAAAGAAAGGAAUGUGGUCUGGGAAAGCUGCCAAGGCAAAGCAGUAUGCAGAUGCGUCUGAAUCUGUACAAAAGGCAAAGAUGCAAGUUGCGACAUUGCAGCGUCAAAAGAAGAUUCCCGCGAUCGUCGACUUUGUCAAGGGUGGUUCAAGAUUCGUUGUGCUGGUUCCGAGAGAAGGCGUCAAACUCAACUUUGUCCUUGGUGGAAUUCGUGCUCCGAAAUCAGCAAGAAAUCCGACUGAUAAGGCUGAACCUUUCGGACAAGAAGCUCACGAUCUUGCUACGAAGCGAUUGACUCAGAGAGAUGUCGAGAUUGAUGUGUUCAAUAUUGACAAAGUUGGUGGCUUUAUCGGUGCACUAUAUAUCAACAAAGAAUCUUUUGCCAAGAUUCUCGUCGAGGAAGGAUUUGCGACAGUACAUGAUUAUUCUGCUGAACAAUCCGGCAACGCCAAUGAACUCAACAUGGCUCAAACGAGAGCGAAGGAGGGUCGGAAGGGCUUGUGGGCUAAUUGGGAUCCAUCAUUUGAUGCCGAAGAAGAGGAGUCUGCACCUUCAAAUGGAAAAGCAGAAGCCUCAGCCACCCGAGAGAAGGAUUAUCGUGAAGUUGCCAUCACUCAUGUUGAAGAUGACGGUAAACUUCGACUGCAGAUCGUUGGAACGGGUACUGAUGCUCUUACCACGAUGAUGACCCAGUUCAAGUCUUUCCACCUGAAUUCAGCAAAUAAUGCAGGCCUUCCAGGACCUCCAAAGAAUGGUGACUAUGUCGCGGCAAAGUUCUCAGAGGACGGCCAAUGGUAUCGUGCUCGCAUACGUGCGAAUGACCGCACCGCAAAAGUAGCAGAAAUCGUCUAUGUUGAUUAUGGUAAUUCCGAAAAGAUGCCAUGGUCAAAAUUGCGACCACUAGCCCAACCACAAUUCUCACCGCAAAAGAUUCGUCCACAAGCCGUUGAAGCCAAGCUGUCACUCGUUCAACUGCCAACCAACAAGGACUACCUCGAAGACGCCGUCAACUACAUCAAGCAGGUCGCCAUGUCAGCUACAGUCGCCAACGUCGAUCACACCGCACCAGAUGGCACACUCUACGUCACGCUCUUCGACGAGGGCAAGAGCAAGAGCCAAGAGGAUAGCAUCAACGCUGAUCUCAUCCGCGACGGUCACGGUAUGGUGCCAAAGAAACUUCAACCCUGGGAACGCAGUUUCGGUGACGUGCUUGAGGAUCUGAAGAAGAAGAGUGAGCAGGCUAGGGAUGAGCGGUUGGGGAUGUGGGAGUAUGGUGAUGUUGGGGAGGAGGAUUAG